AUGCGUAAAUGGUGGUGAGAACUGCAGCUUCUGCUGCUCCCCUCUUAUCUUCUCCAAAAACUGCUCAAAGAGUUAGUCUUUCUUCCCUAUUCAGAGAGCCACCUACAAUUCCCAACUCUAAUUCUAAAACUACGAAGAAAAGCUCGACUUCCGACACUCCCGACAUAACCCAAUACGAAAACAUCGUCAAGGGUAAGUGCAGAUCAAGAACUUUUGAUCUCAAUGAUGCAAAUGCGUUAUUCGAUCGUAUGAUUCUCAUGCAACCCAUCCCUUCCGUCUUCACAUUCAAUCAUCUUUUAACUGCAGUUUCUAGGAUCAAACAUUAUUUACCCGCCAUUUCCUUCUAUAAAAGAAUGAUCUCAAUCGGUGUCUCUCCUGAUUUCUAUACUUUAAACAUUCUUCUCAACUGUUUCUGCAAUUCAAAUCGGGUCUCUUUCGGUUUAGCUGUUUUGGGGGAACUCCUGAAGCGAGGUCACCAUCUCAAUGUUGUCACUUUCACUUCUCUGAUUAAGGGUCUCCUCAUGGAGGAUAGGAUCAUCGAUGCUACAGAGCUUUUCAAGAAAAUGAUUGAACAGGGUUGCCUACCUACUAUAAUCACGUAUGGGACUCUGAUAAAUGGGUUAUGCAGAUCGGGCAAUACGGCUCUCGCAAUUCGCUUGCACCGCGAAAUGGUGAGUCGAAGUAAUGCUUGUAGUCCUGGCGUGAUCUCAUACAGCAUUAUAAUCGAUAGUCUUAGCAAGGAUGGGUUCGUAGACGAGGCUAAAGAGCUCUUCUUGGAGAUGUUAGAUAGGAGAAUUCCACCUGACGUAGUAGUUUACAGCUCUCUCAUCUAUGGUUUCUGCAAUGUAGGGAAAUGGGAGGAAGCCACAAGGCUUUUCAGUGAAAUGGUAGAUAAAGGGGUACCUCCCAAUGAAGUAACGUUUAAUGUGUUAAUGGAUGCUCUUUGCAAGGAAGGCAAGACAAGAGAGGCGUAUAAAUAUUUAGAAGUGAUGGUUCAUAGAGGUGUGGAGCCUGAUACCAUCACUUACAACACCUUGAUGGAUGGGUUCUGUUUGGAGGGUCGAAUUGAUGAUGCGGAAGAGCUGUUCAAGUCUAUGAUAAGUCGAGGGCGUGUACCUGAUGUUGUGAGCUACAAUGUAUUGAUCAAUGGGUACUGCAAGAGUGGCAAGGUAGAGCAAGCCAUGGGUGUUUAUCAUGAGAUGCUUCAUGAAGGGAUCAGCCCCACAGUCAUUACCUUCAACACCUUAUUGACUGGUAUCUGUCAAGAAGGGAAAGUUGGGGAUGCACGGAAACUGUUUGAUGAAAUGCUCGCUCGAGAUCAAAGGCCCAACUCAAUCACUUAUGCUAUAUUCUUGGAUGGGCUUUGUAAAAACCAGUGCCUUUCAGAGGCCAUGGAGCUGCUUCAACGUCUCGAAGAUAGUAAAUUCAAACCAAGUACUAGGAUCUUCAACGUUAUCAUAAAUGGAAUGUGCAAUGCGGGGAAGCUAGAUGUUGCUAUGGAGCUAUUCUACAAGCUGAUUCGAAAUGGCUUGAAACCUGAUGUGGUAACUUAUACGGUAUUAAUAAAUGGGUUCUGCAAGGAUGGACAGUUGGAGAAGGCAAAUGAGUUGUUUGUGCAAAUGGAAGAGAAGGGUUGCGCUCCCAAUGUGGUGACCUUUAAUACACUUAUGCGUGGUUUCUGCCUAGAUAAUGAGACAGAGAAAGUAAUACAGCUUCUUAAUAAAAUGGUGGAGAGGGAUAUGGUGCCAGAUGCAUCCACAGCCUCCAUAGUAGUAAACAUGCUAUCGGAAAACAAUGGAUGCCAAGGAUGUUUGGAUUCGCUUCCGACUUUUAUGCUCAAGCAUCAGCGGAAAGGAUGAUGUGACGAGUAUUGCCAAGAGAAAUUGUUCACAACUUUGGACUUCGGAGGGAUAUCAUCAGCUGUCUGGCAUAUUUUACUGAAAGGUGCUUGCGGGUCGGUGAGCAAUGAACGGUCCACUGACAUUG